GGGAGUGGUUGUGGACCGUCGGCAACAGCAGGAUUUGAAUGUGUUGAAAUGAGCAGUCGUAAAUCAAAGAGUAACAGCUUAAUUCACGCAGAAUGCCUUUCACAGGUACAAAGAAUUUUACGUGAAAGAUUUUGUCAUCAGAGUCCACAUAGUAACCUGUUUGGAGUGCAAGUACAAUACAAACACUUAAGUGAGCUGCUAAAAAGAACUGCUAUCCAUGGAGAAAGUAACUCUGUACUCAUUAUUGGACCCCGAGGAUCAGGAAAAAACUAUGGUAAAAGCUGUUGAUUUCUGGUGUUUGUUAGCAUGUGAUGAUUCUUAUUUUAUAUAAUACUGAAAAUGUUUUUCAUUUCAUCAUUUUGUAGCAUUUUAAUCUUUUGGUUUUUUCUUUUUUAAUCAUAGAAGACAUGUAAAACUUUAUAAAUUAGGGUGGUAUGUUUGAGUAUAGCAGACCUUUUUUCCCCUUAUUUAUCCUCCUAGUGACAAAUUGUCAAUUGAUGUUUGUUCCAACUCGGUCUUUGUCCUUGAAGAAGUAGAGAUUGCCAGUGGAAAAAGAAACUAGCCUUUAUUGAGCAUGUACUAUGUGUCUUUUUAUCUGUGUUCUCUCAUUUAUUCUUUACGUCAAUGCCGCAAGGUAGGGUUUUUACCUUUGAUAAUUAUAGGUUAGGGAACUAUCAUAUCAUUCAUUCUUUUUAUUUUUCCUACAUCAUUACUAUUUAUUGUUUAACCCUAACUUGCAAUUACACAAUAUUUCAAUGCAUGCUCACAUCUUAUAUAAUUCUUUUCUCCUUUCCCUCUUUAUCAUAUUUGCUUAGUUACCUGAAAAAAAAAAUCUUACUUCCUCUUAUUCUUGUCUUUCAUAUCCUUUAUGUAAUAUAGGAGACAAAUUAUGGGUGUUAACUCUUGAAAGUAGUUACUUUCAGUGCUAAGUAGUCUGUUUAAAAUCUGUUCUCAUGUAUUUUAUGCAAUAAAUUUCAAUUUCUGACUAAUGUACUUUAAAAAU